GAGAUCCAUAUGAAAUAUAUAUACGAAUAAAAAAUGAAUUUUUAUUUUUAUUUUAAUUAAAAUUUAAAAAAAAAAGAAAAAAUUUGGAUCGACUAUUAUUAUUAUUAUUGUUAUUCCUGUGCAUCAUGCAGUCUUCCUCGUCUCUAUCAUUUGUAUAUUUCAAGCUGUCAACCAGAUUGCAAAGACUCUCUUUCCUUCUGAUUCCCGUGAAUCUGUGUAACCAUUCAUUAACCAAACAAAGAAAAAUCCAUGCAACUUUACGUUCCCAAAGACAUUAUUAUUAACAGCAACAGCAAUCAAACUUGAGCUUUCUCUUUUUCUUUUUGUUAGAGUUACAGAAUUUUCCAUCAGCCUCCACUUUUGCUGGCUAUGGCUUCCUCCAUUCCAAAAUCGUUGCUAAUUCUCUACGCAUUGUUCUCGAUGAUCUCGAUAAGUUCGUCAUCUACCACCACCACUAAUUCCAUGGAUGCCCAUCUUUCUUCCAUUAGAUCAUUAUGCCAGACCACCCCAUACCCAGAUGUCUGCUUUGAUUCAUUGAAGCUCUCCAUCUCCAUUAACAUCAGUCCUAACAUCCUUACUUUCCUUCUCCAAUCCCUCAAAACAGCAAUUUCCGAAGCCGGAAAGCUCUCGGAUCUUCUCUUAACAGCUGGACACUCGAAUAACAUCGUUGAGAAACAGAGAGGAGCAGUUCAAGAUUGCAAAGAGCUCCACCAAAUCACCGUCUCAUCUUUGCAAAAAUCAGUGUCACGAGUCCGUUCUUUUUCUAAUUCUAGAAAAGUAGCCGAUGCUAGAGCUUAUCUCAGCGCAGCUCUCACAAACAAGAACACAUGCUUGGAAGGCCUGGACUCAGCUUCUGGUCCUCUAAAACCAAAACUGAUCAAUUCCUUCCUUACUACAUACAAGCACGUUAGCAAUUCCCUUUCCAUUCUCUCCAAACCUGGAACUACUCCAAAAUCCCAUAAUAACAGGCGUCUAAUGGGUGUUCAAAAAUGGAUAUCGAGGAAAAAUCGGCGGAUCUUGCAGAGCUCCGGCGAUGAAUACGACCCGAGUGAGAUUCUAACAGUGUCUGGAGAUGGAACAGGGAACUUCACCACCAUCACCGACGCUAUUAAUUUCGCUCCAAAUAACAGUUUAGACAGAAUAAUCAUCUACAUCAAAGAAGGGGUUUAUGAAGAAAACGUGGAAAUCCCAAGCUAUAAACCCAACAUCGUUCUUUUCGGAGAUGGCAGUGACGUCACAUUCGUCACCGGUAACAGAAGCGUUACUAAUGGCUGGACCACUUUCAGAUCUGCAACGCUAGCGGUAUCAGGGGAGGGAUUUCUGGCGAGGGACAUAACGGUAGAGAACACGGCAGGACAAGAGAAGCAUCAAGCCGUGGCAUUGAGAGUGAAUGCAGAUUUAGCAGCAUUCUAUAGAUGCACCUUCGAUGGCUUCCAAGACACUCUGUAUGUUCACUCAUUUCGACAAUUCUACAGAGAGUGUGACAUUUACGGUACCAUAGACUACAUCUUCGGCAAUGCGGCUGCGGUGUUACAGGCUUCCAACAUUGUAUCCAAAAUGCCUAAGCCCGGCCAGUUCAAUGUCAUCACGGCACAGUCACGUGACACUCUGGAUGAGGCUACAGGAUUCUCUAUACAGAACUGUUCCAUUUUAGCUUCCGACGAAUUGUUGGCAAACUCCAGCACUGUCAAAAGCUACCUUGGGAGGCCGUGGAGAGUCUUCUCUCGGACUGUGUUUAUUGAGUCUUAUAUGGAUGAUUUCAUUGACCCAAUUGGGUGGACGGCUUGGUCUGCCAACGAAGGCUUGAACACUGCGUAUUAUGGAGAGUACGAUAAUUAUGGGCCCGGUUCGGGUACGGAUGGUCGGGUUCAUUCGACUGGGUUUCACGUUAUGGAUUAUUAUGAUGCGUCCAAUUUCACUGUAGCGGAGUUCAUCACCGGUGAUGAAUGGCUGGAAUCCACUUCGUUCCCUUAUGAUGAUGGCAUUUAGCUUUGCUUUGGUAUUGUUGAGAUUUUUCAUGGAGAUUUCUUUUACUGAUUCUUUUAAGUUUGUGAAUGGUAACAAGAAUUCCCUGAAAGAUACAGUAUUAUCUUUUAAAGCAGCUUUUCUGACUUUAGUCAGAAAUGCCGGACGGACACGAAGAGAAAAAGUUGGGCCUUUAUAUUUUGGUUUAUUUUAUUCUGGAGUUGGUUGGAGCCAUGCCCCCCUGUCAGCCCAACAUGAACGAAACAUGUCAAGUGGGUUGUGAGUAUGGUUUAAAAUAUUCAAAAAAAUUUAAAUAUUUUUUUGAAAUUUUUAUUUUUAAAAAAUUUUGAAAUAAAAUAAUUUUUUAUUAUUUUUUAUUAAUAUAUGAUAUUUUUCGAUA